CAUACCAAGGCAAAGUAAUAGUUUCUAUCCUUUUUGUUCUCCAUUACUCGAAGAACCAAAGGGAAACAGGUCUUCAAGAAGGAGGCAUGAAUGGGACAGCUAUUGAAAAUUUUGUCUGUGUCAUUUUUAAUGUUUCCUUCAUGAACUGUACCUGGCAUGUGGGCAGGACUGCUACAGAAGAUACCCAAUAUUUCCUGUACUGGAGGGCCUCAAAGAAUGAAGAUGUCACAGAAUGCCAAAAUUACAUCAAAGAUAACUGUGGAAGGCACACAGGAUGUCAAUUUCAAAACGUGACAAUAGAAAAUAAAUAUGCUUAUUUCCUGGUAAAUGGGUCCAGAAGCGGACAAAACGUUCAGUCAUAUGAGAAGAAGAUACUGCUGUACAAAAUUGAAAAACUCACCCCUCCAUUAAAUGUCACAGUGAACUGUACAGAAGCUUCUCAUAGUUGCAAUAUUUGGUGGCAACCACCUCGCACAAGUCAUGUGAAAAAAAGCAGUUGUUUCAAAUAUGAAAUUGCCAUAGAAAACAAGGCUGAUGUUGAGAAAAAAAUCAAAACUGCAUCUAAAAGAGAAGAAAUCGUUGAAAAUAAUUCCUACCUCUAUGAAAGCUUCAGCUCAGGUGAAAAGUACAGCAUCAGAAUCAGAGCAACAGACGCGGGCUUUUGUUUAGUAAGCCCAAACUGGGGAGAGUGGAGUACGCCCGUGGAAUUUGGCAUGGAAGGGUCAGCCAUUGAAAACUUCUCCUGUGUGAUUUAUAACAUUUUCCUCAUGAACUGCACUUGGCAGGCAGGAAGGGAAGCUCCAGCAGACACACAGUAUUUUCUCUACUGGCAGAACUCAAGAGAUGAAGAGGAGAUGGAGUGUGAGUUUUACAUUAAAGAUGAAAAUUGCAGAAAUGUGGGAUGUAUCUUCCAAAACGUGAGCAUAGGGACUGAAAAAGCUUAUUUCCUGGUGAAUGGGUCUAGCAAAGACUCCUUGAUCCAGUUCUAUGAUGAGUACAUUGACCUGUAUAGAAUUGAAAAGCUCAUGCCUCCAUCAAAUAUCACAGUCAACUGUGAUGAAAUUAAAAAUGAUUGCAUAAUUCAAUGGCAACGACCCCAAAUAAGUCAUUCUAACAAAGACUUGUGUUUUAAAUACGAAAUUAGCAUAAAGUAUAAGGAUAAUCCUAAAGGAAAACCCAUAUAUACUUCCAUACAAGAAGGGGAAAAUAGCAACGUAUUUCUAAGAUCCAAUACAAGAAAGAAGUACAUCUUGAAAAUGAGAGCAGCCGGAAGUGUCUGCUUUGUGAACCCAGCCUGGGGGGAAUGGAGUGCACCCGUUGAGUUUGGAAAUUAUGAAAUUAUAUCUCCUUCAGCAUGGAUUUUACUUGGGGUAGCAGUUGCGACACCCUUAAUGGCAAUCAUUACUUUUUCUUUUUGCAAAAGGACUGGCUGUUGGGAGGCAGCAUUUUCACAAAUCCCAGGACCAAAACCUGAUUUUUUUACACUGGCUGAUACAGUUCCAGAGCUGAUGGAGAACAAAAUUCAGUCAAUAACAUCUGAAAAUGAAGAGAUAGUAUUAGUUGCUGACAUCGUGAGAUAACCAAGAAAAAUGGAGGAGUUUGAAAAUGCAUUUCUUGCACAAUUGUAUAUUCCUGUGGAAAGUCUGGAAUAAUAUAUAGGCUUUCUUCACUUUCUUCUUUUUCUUGUAGAAAACAGCAAUGCAGUCAAGAGAGAAUGAUGCCUCACAUGCAAUCUUUUUAAAUGCCAUUGUAUUUUCUUUUAGUUUUGGCUAAUUUUAACUGUUUGGAUAAAUUGUCCUUAUUGGAUAUCUUCUCAUUUGUAAAUAUGAUUGA